GUUUCCGGUGUUGUGACUGAAACCCGUCAAUAUGGCGGCGAUCGGCCGCGGCCGCUCUCUGAAGAACCUCCGAAUACGAGGGCGGAAUGACAGCGGCGAGGAGAACGUCCCGCUGGAUCUGACCCGAGAUCCUUCUGAUAACUUAAGAGAGAUUCUCCAAAAUGUGGCCAAAUUGCAAGGAGUAUCAAAUAUGAGAAAGCUAGGCCAUCUGAAUAACUUUACUAAGCUUCUUUGUGAUAUUGGCCACAAUGAAGAAAAAUUGGGUUUUAACUAUGAGGAUAUCAUAAUUUGUUUGCGGUUAGCUUUAUUAAAUGAAGCAAAAGAAGUGCGAGCAGCAGGGCUACGAGCGCUUCGGUAUCUCAUCCAAGACUCCAGUAUUCUCCAGAAGGUGCUAAAAUUGAAAGUGGACUAUUUAAUAGCUAGGUGCAUUGACAUACAGCAGAGCAACGAGGUAGAGAGGACACAAGCACUUCGAUUAGUCAGAAAGAUGAUUACUGUGAAUGCUUCCUUGUUUCCUAGUUCUGUGACCAACUCAUUAAUUGCAGUUGGAAAUGACGGACUUCAAGAAAGAGACAGAAUGGUUCGAGCAUGCAUUGCCAUUAUCUGUGAACUAGCACUUCAGAAUCCAGAGGUGGUGGCCCUUCGAGGUGGACUAAAUACCAUCUUAAAAAAUGUGAUCGAUUGCCAAUUAAGUCGAAUAAAUGAGGCCCUCAUUACUACAAUUUUGCACCUCCUUAAUCAUCCAAAGACCCGGCAGUACGUGCGAGCUGAUGUAGAGUUAGAGCGAAUUUUAGCACCCUAUACCGAUUUUCACUACAGACAUAGUCCAGAUACAGCUGAAGGACAGCUCAAAGAAGACAGGGAAGCACGCUUUCUAGCCAGUAAAAUGGGAAUCAUAGCAACAUUCCGGUCAUGGGCAGGUAUUAUUAAUUUAUGUAAACCUGGAAACUCGGGAAUCCAGUCACUAAUUGGAGUACUUUGCAUACCAAAUAUGGAAAUAAGGCGAGGUCUACUUGAAGUGCUUUAUGAUAUCUUUCGUCUUCCCCUACCUGUUGUGACUGAGGAGUUCAUAGAAGCACUGCUUAGUGUAGAUCCAGGGAGGUUCCAAGACAGUUGGAGACUUUCAGAUGGCUUUGUAGCAGCUGAGGCAAAAACUAUCCUUCCUCAUCGUGCCAGAUCCAGACCAGACCUCAUGGAUAAUUAUUUGGCACUGAUACUGUCUGCAUUUAUUCGUAAUGGACUUUUAGAGGGUCUAGUUGAAGUGAUAACGAACAGUGAUGACCAUAUCUCAGUUAGAGCUACUAUCCUUUUAGGAGAGCUUUUACAUAUGGCAAACACAAUUCUUCCUCAUUCACAUAGCCAUCAUUUGCACUGUUUGCCAACCCUAAUGAAUAUGGCUGCAUCCUUUGAUAUCCCCAAAGAAAAGAGACUGCGAGCCAGUGCAGCCUUGAACUGUUUAAAACGCUUCCAUGAAAUGAAGAAACGAGGACCUAAGCCGUAUAGCCUCCAUUUAGAUCACAUUAUUCAAAAAGCAAUAGCAACACACCAGAAACGGGAUCAAUAUCUCCGAGUUCAGAAAGAUAUAUUUGUUCUUAAGGAUACAGAGGAAGCUCUUUUAAUAAACCUUAGAGAUAGCCAAGUCCUUCAACAUAAAGAGAAUCUUGACUGGAACUGGAAUCUUAUAGGGACCAUUCUUAAGUGGCCAAAUGUAAAUCUAAGAAACUAUAAAGAUGAACAGUUACACAGGUUUGUACGAAGACUACUUUAUUUUUACAAGCCUAGCAGUAAAUUAUAUGCCAACUUGGAUUUGGAUUUUGCUAAGUCCAAGCAGCUCACAGUUGUGGGUUGCCAAUUUACAGAAUUUCUUCUUGAGUCCGAAGAGGAUGGGCAAGGGUACUUAGAAGAUCUAGUAAAGGAUAUUGUUCAGUGGCUCAAUGCCUCAUCUGGAAUGAAACCCGAAAGAAGUCUUCAAAAUAAUGGUUUAUUGACUACCCUUAGUCAACACUACUUUCUAUUUAUUGGAACACUUUCUUGCCACCCUCAUGGAGUCAAAAUGUUAGAAAAAUGCAGUGUAUUUCAAUGUCUCCUUAAUCUUUGCUCUUUGAAAAACCAAGAUCACUUGCUAAAGCUGACUGUUUCUAGCUUGGACUAUAGCAGAGACGGAUUGGCUAGAGUCAUCCUUUCCAAAAUCCUAACUGCAGCUACUGAUGCCUGCAGACUGUAUGCAACAAAACAUUUAAGGGUAUUAUUGAGAGCUAAUGUUGAAUUCUUCAAUAAUUGGGGAAUUGAGUUACUAGUGACCCAGCUACAUGAUAAAAACAAAACAAUUUCUUCUGAAGCUCUUGAUAUCCUCGAUGAAGCAUGUGAAGACAAGGCUAAUCUUCAUGCUCUUAUUCAGAUGAAGCCAGCUUUAUCCCACCUUGGAGACAAGGGUUUGCUUCUCCUCCUGAGAUUCCUCUCCAUUCCAAAAGGAUUUUCCUAUCUCAAUGAAAGGGGUUAUGUAGCAAAACAAUUGGAAAAGUGGCACAAGGAAUAUAAUUCAAAAUAUGUUGACUUGAUUGAGGAACAACUUAAUGAAGCACUUACUACUUAUCGGAAGCCUGUUGAUGGUGAUAACUAUGUUCGUCGGAGUAACCAAAGGUUACAGCGUCCUCAUGUCUACCUGCCUGUACACCUUUAUGGACAACUGGUACACCAUAAAACAGGCUGCCAUUUGCUGGAAGUACAGAAUAUUAUUACAGAACUUUGUCACAAUGUUCGUACACCAGAUUUGGAUAAAUGGGAAGAAAUUAAAAAACUGAAAGCAUCUCUUUGGGCCUUGGGAAAUAUUGGUUCAUCAAAUUGGGGUCUCAAUUUGCUACAAGAAGAAAAUGUGAUUCCAGAUAUACUAAAACUUGCAAAACAGUGUGAAGUUCUUUCCAUCAGAGGGACCUGUGUAUAUGUACUUGGGCUCAUAGCUAAAACCAAACAAGGCUGUGAUAUUCUAAAAUGUCACAACUGGGAUGCUGUGAGGCAUAGUCGCAAACAUUUGUGGCCAGUGGUUCCAGAUGAUGUGGAACAACUCUGUAAUGAACUUUCAUCUAUCCCAAGCACUCUAAGUUUGAACUCAGAGUCAACCAGCUCUAGACAUAAUAGUGAAAGUGAAUCUGCGCCAUCAAGUAUGUUCAUAUUGGAAGAUGACCGGUUUGGCAGCAGCUCUACUAGUACGUUUUUCCUUGACAUCAGUGAAGAUGCAGAGCCAGCAUUUUUUGACCGAUCUGGACCCAUAAAGGAUAAAAAUUCAUUCCCUUUCUUUGCUUCCAGUAAACUUGUGAAGAAUCGUAUCUUAAAUUCACUUACUUUGCCUAAUAAAAAACAUCGCAGUAGCAGUGAUCCAAAAGGAGGGAAACUGUCAUCUGAAAACAAGACAAGUAACAGGCGAAUCAGAACACUUACAGAGCCCAGUGUUGACUUUAAUCACAGUGAUGAUUUUACACCCAUCUCCACCGUACAGAAAACAUUACAAUUAGAAACUUCAUUUGUUGGGAAUAAGCACAUUGAAGACACUGGUAGUACUCCAAGUAUUGGAGAAAAUGACUUAAAAUUCAACAAGAGUUUUGGUGUAGAGAAUCACAGAGAAAACACAAGCCGAGAGAGGUUAGUUGUAGAAAGUUCAACGAGUUCACAUAUGAAAAUACGCAGCCAAAGUUUUAAUACAGACACUACAACAAGUGGCAUAAGUUCAAUGAGCUCAAGUCCUUCACGAGAGACAGUAGGUGUAGAUGCUACAACUAUGGACACAGACUGUGGAAGUAUGAGUACUGUGGUAAGUACUAAAACUGUUAAGACAAGUCACUAUUUGACACCACAGUCUAACCAUCUCUCUCUCUCCAAAUCAAACUCAGUGUCCCUGGUGCCUCCAGGUUCUUCUCAUACACUUCCUAGAAGAGCACAGUCCCUUAAAGCACCCUCUAUUGCUACGAUUAAAAGUCUAGCAGAUUGUAACUUUAGUUACACAAGUUCUAGAGAUGCCUUUGGGUACGCUACACUGAAAAGAUUACAGCAACAAAGAAUGCAUCCAUCCUUAUCUCACUCUGAAGCUUUGGCAUCUCCAGCAAAAGAUGUGCUGUUUACUGAUACCAUCACCAUGAAGGCCAACAGUUUUGAGUCCAGAUUAACACCAAGCAGGAUCGAUUUUAAAAAGAAGCAUGUCGGGGGAAUCAGGAGCUUAAGACCUACAAUAACAAACAACCUUGUCAGGUUCAUGAAAGCUUUAAGUUAUGCAUCAUUAGAUAAAGAAGAUUUAUUAAGCCCUAUUAAUCAAAAUACCCUGCAGCGAUCCUCCUCAGUGAGAUCCAUGGUGUCCAGUGCUACAUAUGGUGGCUCAGAUGAUUACAUUGGUCUUGCUCUCCCAGUAGACAUCAAUGAUAUAUUUCAGGUAAAGGAUAUUCCUUAUUUUCAGACAAAAAACAUACCUCCACAUGAUGAUCGAGGUGCAAGAGUAUUUGCCCAUGAUGCAGGAGGUCUUCCAUCUGGAACUGGAGGUCUUGUAAAAAACUCUUUUCACUUGCUACGACAGCAAAUGAGUCUUACGGAAAUAAUGAAUUCAAUCCAUUCAGAUGCUUCUUUGUUUUUAGAAAGUACAGAAGAUACUGGUCUACAGGAGCAUACAGAUGAUAACUGCCUUUAUUGUGUCUGUAUCGAAAUUCUGGGUUUCCAGCCUAGUAACCAACUAAGUGCGAUAUGUAGUCAUUCAGACCUUCAAGAUAUUCCAUAUUCUGAUUGGUGUGAGCAGACUAUCCACAAUCCCUUGGAAGUGGUUCCCUCUAAAUUUUCAGGGAUUUCUGGAUGCAGCGAUGGGGUGUCUCAAGAAGGCUCGGCUAGCAGCACCAAAAGCACAGAAUUGUUACUAGGUGUUAAAACAAUUCCAGAUGAUACACCAAUGUGCCGUAUACUCCUUCGAAAAGAAGUUUUAAGAUUAGUCGUUAAUUUGAGUAGUUCAGUUUCAACUAAAUGUCAUGAAACUGGGCUUUUAACAAUUAAGGAGAAGUAUCCUCAGACAUUUGACGACAUAUGCCUUUACUCUGAGGUUUCCCAUUUGCUGUCCCACUGCACAUUUAGACUUCCAUGUCGGAGGUUCAUACAAGAAUUAUUUCAAGAUGUACAGUUUUUACAAAUGCAUGAAGAAGCAGAGGCUGUGUUGGCAAUACCACCAAAGCAACCUAUAGUUGAUACAUCUGCUGAAUCCUGACCUCAUAUUUAUGAUGUAUAUAGAUAUAUGCUAUAUAUAUUCAUAUUUGUGGAUUUCCUAAAAGCCUCAGAAAAUACUGACUGGGCAGCAGAGACAGGAGUAUCUUCUGUACGCUGUUCCAGCAAUUACUGGUACAUGAACAGUUGGAACUGCUGACUUUCCUAACCAAAACAACUUCCUUCUCUCCACUGUUGAGCCCUUUGAAGGGUUCAUGAUUCAUUACCACAGUUCUAAGACUUUUAGUUACCAUUGUAUGCAAGAGCCAAGCACUGAAUUACCUACAUAGGUUUUCUAUUUUUUCAUUUUAAAAGCAUCAUGACAGUGGAACAAUAAUGGAAUAUGCAGAAGCACCCUUCACAGUUGUUUCUGAAUUCUUUUUUAGGGUAAAUAUAAAGAUGCCUUGUUUGUUAACUAAUUCGUGGAAACCAGGAAUCAGUGUCUCUAAGGCUGCAUCCUGUUACCAUAAUGGGGUGUGCUAUAACUGCUGGUAUUAGAGAGGGAACUUUUGGCCCUUUCACAUUUUUCUUAAUGUUUGUAACACUACUUCAGAGGUUUGUAACCUUAAAGUGAAAGAAGAGCUUCAACAACCCGAGACUUAUAAGUUAUUUUUUUGUUACUAGACUUGCAUAAAGAUUCUUAUUUGUUUUCUGUCUCUUCAGUUUUGUUGCAAUGUGUUAUUAUAGGCUAUUUGAACCAAUUAAGGUUUUUCACUACAGUUCCUGAUUAAAAUCAGAAAAUUAUUUUUUAUUUUAAUUGAAAAUGUUUCCCACUUAUGGAAUGCAUAUACGAGGGCUGUCUGGGAAGUAUCCAGCCAUUGUUAAUAUAUUUUUCAUAUUGCAUGGCUGGAUACUUUCUGGACACCCUCGUAUUUUCAGUAGACUUCCAUUUUCAUUAAAUUUCCAUAUCGUUUUAAACAGGAACUUGAAUAAGCACUAUUAAUUGAGACCUAAAACAAAAGAAAGCAUUAAAUAAUACUUUGGAUCUCCUGAGGAAAAGAUAAGUUUGCCUGCAAUUUACACAUUCCAUGGGGAAAGAAGAGCCAUAUUUCCUUUUUAAAAAUCAUUAAUAAAAUAUGUUAUUAAGGUUAAAAAUUGUAGUGAAAAGCCUUAAGUACCAAAUUUUUAAGCAGCAGUAACUUAAUCUUUAUAUCAAUGUUUUUGUUUUGCACAAACUACAUGCAGUAAUAGGUGAGUUUAUGAGUACAGUAAUUGCCUUUAUCACAUUUGUGAAGUUGUUUAGUUGAUGAGGGCAAGGUUUUUUUUUUGUUUAAUUUGUAUAUGUCUAAAGAUAUUUGGAAAUCGUCACAGGAAUUAAACAUAUAUGCAAAUUUGUAUAUAAAAAAUAGCAUGGCCAUCAUCAUUAGAAUGCUUGUAAAUGAAAGGAUUAUCUUUUUAGAGAUCUAUAUAUAAAUAGAAAUAGAGGAAAAAAUCCAGCUGGACUGAUUAGGACCCUUUUUAAAUUCAUUUGUGUAAACCAUUUUUACAAUUACACAUCAGUUUUGACACAGUCAUAGCACAUUGGUUAAAAUUUUCCCAUGUUGAAGAUCCUUGUUGUAAUCUAGUUGUUCUUUGGAUCUCCGUAAAGAACCGUGUGAACUAGAAAACAUAACUCACAAGAUUUUUUUCUUUUUUCUUUUUUUAAUUUACUGGCACUGAAAGUUCCAAUUGGGAUGAAGCAUUUCAUCUCACUCCGCAACACCUCUUUGACUGCACUUCAGUGAAUUGUUCUUAUGUGCACUGUGUAGCAACUUGCAUUGUAACGAAGCAGAUAAGGGCUGUAAGCUGCUGCUUAUGUUAAAAAGUGGUUCUUCAGAUUUUCUCUCAUAAAUCCAAUUGAAGAUAAAUAAUUUUUUAAACUUUAUCACUGAACCCAAGUGUUUAUUUAAAUGUCAACAGUACUUCUAAGAACGUUGCCUGUCACCUUGGUCUUUGGUCUUGGAUAAUUAAACUGCCUUUCCAAAGAACCAAAUGUCAGAGAUACUAGACCAAAUAGUGGUUAAAAACUCCAAAGGAAGUAAUGUAGUAAUCUUAUUCAUAAUGGGAUUAACAUAUUUUAAACAUUCAUUUUAAACACUACCUCAGUUAAUAUAGAGUAUAAAAUCUGUGGUUUAACCCCUUAAAAAUUAACAGUAAUUUUUUUCCUGUUCACAGACACACACACACAUCCACACACACACAUCCAUCCCUGUUCCUGUACCCCACCUUGGUCAUCCAUCCUGAAAUUAAGGCUUAGUUACUAUUAGCCUGAACAGGUUUGUUUGACUGUUACUCUGAAAGACAUGUAUGUAUACAUCAUCAUAUCUGCCUGUAGCACUUACUUUGGGGAAGACACUCGGAGCUUUGUGGUUAUCAGUAUACUAAAAAAAAAAAGUCUACAUAAAUUUAUAGUGCUAUUUGGUUUAUCCAUAGUUUCACUGACAGGUCUGAUACGUUUUCUUUGAGUACUUUUUUGUAUAAAAGUAGACUUUAUGGUGAAAAAUACAUGCAGUGCCAAGUGAUUAACUUAGGUGUUUAAAAGUAUUAAAUUAUAGCAGAAAAGGGUAGGAAUGGCAUCAGUGGUAAUAGAAAUAAUUGAGAAAAUCAUCUGUAAAUAAUAGAUAUUACCAGAUGAUAGAAUACCAAAAUAAUGUCAAUACUGUAGUUUUUCAAGAUUUUAGAAUUAAUCUUAGUCCAUAUAAAUUUGUACUAUUGGUAAUUAUUGAAUAAUUUGGAGGAAUUUGGGCAGUUGUGCUGGGUGUAAACUGUGAAUUUCUAAUUGUAAAGUGAAAUGUCAUUUCAAAUUGAAUUUUUUUUUUGAAAUACAGAUUUCAGCUUCACAUACUAAGCAAAUACUGAUAAGGAGAUUAGAAAUUUAGUAUUCAUAAUUAAAUAUGGUCUGAAAUUUCUUACACUUUUAUUUCCUGUUUAUGCUUAGGUAGAUUUUUGGGGGGUAGGGAGUCUAUUCUCCCUCAUUAAAGCUUUUCUAAUAAAGAUUAGUAACAUAAGGACAUUCCGUAAGACUGUGACAUUAAAAGAGGCUCUUUGGAAGUAUGUACAUUAUUAUUAUAAUAAUGUGUACAAGUCCUUUUGAAAUGGUGGCUUUAAUAAUUUUCAGCUCUUUUAUCUAGAGCUUGAGAUAAUUAAAGCUGAAUUUUUCAGGGCAUGUCACAAUGGCAAAGUGUUCAACAGUGAGAUGUCAAUGCUUAUUUAGAUUUGCAUACUGCUAUUUAUAUAAAAUUUCUUUCCAUUCAGAGGAUGCCUUUUAUCCCCACAUUAAAGCACAGAUCAUUAAGCAAUAAAAACCAAAUUGUCUGUCAUUCAAAUUAUAAUUGCAAUUAUUUUUGCAUGGUAAGAGUGAGGUGCUAAUUUUGUGUGAGAUGAACUUUUGUAAACUACUUUGGGAAAUGUUCUUUGGAAGUAAAGUUUUUUCCCCUUUAGUCCUAUGCUUCCAGUUUUGUCUCAAAUUCACAAUCCAUUAAAACAUGGGAAAAAAGAAAAGAUAAAAUUGAGACUUAUAGAAAGAGAAGAGCUGUUUGGAAUGGACAGACGUUUCAGAUUUUCCGAACUGUUCAGUUGGGAAAGGUCUCCAUUGUCUCCGCAUUCACAGAAUACAUUGUUACCAUCUUAAUUUCAAGAGUGUCAUUACAGUGAGAGUCUCAUUAAAAAGUGUACCAGUGAAAUUAAUAGCGGUGCUUAUCAAAGAAUAUUGAAAUCUGUGAGAAUCUUUCUAGGAGCAUUCUUUUUUUUUCUUUUAGUUCCAGGUUCCCAGGAUAUUUUUCAUUCAUAGUAGGUUUAUAUGACUCGCAGAAUGUGGAAUUUUCCCCCCUUGGAAUAUUUUUGUAAUGUAGGUGGAUAGCUACACCAUUGCAUGCAUAAAUUGCACAUUUUGUUUUACUUUCUUUAUGAAAUAUUUAAUUUGAAAAAUAUAAUUUAUGCCAAAAAAAAGCAUACCUUACAAGUCUGCCACUUAACUAGGUUGAUUUAGCACAAAAUGCAAAGUGUUGGGGCGGAGAGAGGGAGUGAAGAAAAAUUUUAUAAGUAAUUGUUGACAAAUGCCUGUCAGAAACCCUAAAGCUGCAUUGUAAAACAAAUGGUGUAAAUUAGUUUUGAAAGUGGUAAGGGAUUGUGAAAAAAAUCUCAGACUUAAUGCUCUCUAACCACAUGAUUUUCUUCUUUUUUCUAAUUUAGUAAUAUGCUGCUACAUAUUUGGAGGUUCUGGUGUUUGUAGGUCACUGAACAGACAUUGAAAUCUGAUUUAUAUUGUAUAACUGUAACAUAGAAAGAAAAAGUAUUUAUAUAUUUUCCGUAAGAAUAUUUCAUUGAGUUGUGUAUAAUUUAAAUAAGAUGUGUCCCCAAAUGGUUUUGCUCACCUUGAUUUUUUUGUUGUGGUUUUCUUGUUUUUGUAUAAUGUGUACAGUUUAUGUCAAGGGCAUUAAAAGCCUCCUGAAGCAUAAUCUUAUCAAAGGGAUACAUUGUUAAUAAAAUGUACUUAAAAUUCUUAAA